CAGCACUUACCAUACAGCCAGCGACCCUUAUACAGCCAGCACCCCUCAUACAGCCAGCAACCCUCAUAUAGCCAGCACCACUCAUAUAGCCAGCACCCCUCAUACAGCCAGCACCCCUCAUAUAGCCAGCACCCCCCAUACAGCCAGCACCCCUCAUACAGCCAGCACCCCUCAUAUAGCCAGCACCCCUCAUACAGCCAGCACCCCUCAUAUAGCCAGCACCCCUCAUACAGCCAGCACCCCUCAUACAGCCAGCACCCCUCAUACAGCCAGCACCACUCAUAUAGCCAGCACCCCUCAUACAGCCAGCACCCCUCAUAUAGCCAGCACCCCUCAUAUUAAAAGCACCCCUCAUACAUCCAGCACCACUCAUACAGCCAGCACCACUCAUACAGCCAGCACCCCUCAUACAGCCAGCACCCCUCAUACAGCCAGCACCCCUCAUACAUCCAGCACCACUCAUACAGCCAUCACCCCUCAUAUAGCCAGCACCCCUCAUACAGCCAGCACCCCUCAUAUUAAAAGCACCCCUCAUACAGCCAGCACCCCUCAUACAGCCAGCGACCCUCAUACAGCCAGCACCCCUCAUACAGCCAGCACCCCUCAUACAGCCAGCACCCCUCAUACAGCCAGCACCCCUCAUAUAGCCAGCACCCCUCAUACAGCCAGCACCCCUCAUAUAGCCAGCACCCCUCAUAUAGCCAGCACCCCUCAUACAGCCAGCACCCCUCAUACAGCCAGCACCCCUCAUAUAGCCAGCACCCCUCAUACAGCCAGCACCCCUCAUAUAGCCAGCACCCCUCAUAUAGCCAGCACCCCUCAUACAGCCAGCACCCCUCAUAUAGCCAGCACCCCUCAUAUAGCCAGCACCCCUCAUACAGCCAGCACCCCUCAUACAGCCAGCACCCCUCAUAUAGCCAGCACCCCUCAUACAGCCAGCACCCCUCAUACAGCCAGCACCCCUCAUACAGCCAGCACCCCUCAUAUAGCCAUCACCCCUCAUAUAGCCAGCACCCAUCAUAUAGCCAGCACCCCUCAUACAGCCAGCACCCCUCAUACAGCCAGCACCCCUCAUAUAGCCAGCACCCCUCAUACAGCCAGCACCCCUCAUACAGCCAGCACCCCUCAUAUAGCCAUCACCCCUCAUACAGCCAGCACCCCUCAUAUAGCCAGCACCCCUCAUAUAGCCAGCACCCCUCAUACAGCCAGCACCCCUCAUAUAGCCAGCACCCCUCAUAUAGCCAGCACCCCUCAUACAGCCAGCACCCCUCAUACAGCCAGCACCCCUCAUAUAGCCAGCACCCCUCAUACAGCCAGCACCCCUCAUACAGCCAGCACCCCUCAUACAGCCAGCACCCCUCAUAUAGCCAUCACCCCUCAUAUAGCCAGCACCCAUCAUAUAGCCAGCACCCCUCAUACAGCCAGCACCCCUCAUACAGCCAGCACCCCUCAUAUAGCCAGCACCCCUCAUAUAGCCAUCACCCCUCAUAUAGCCAGCACCCAUCAUAUAGCCAGCACCCCUCAUACAGCCAGCACCCCUCAUACAGCCAGCACCCCUCAUAUAGCCAGCACCCCUCAUACAGCCAGCACCCCUCAUAUAGCCAGCACCCCUCAUACAGCCAGCACCCCUCAUAUAGCCAGCACCCCUCAUACAGCCAGCACCCCUCAUACAGCCAGCACCCCUCAUAUAGCCAGCACCCCUCAUACAGCCAGCACCCCUCAUAUUAAAAGCACCCAAAAGAUCACUAAUACUAUUCAGAUUACCACUCCUCGUAUAUAG